CGCUCCUCUCCCGCUUGCAUUUGUACGUGCGGGCGCGUUGCGUGCGGUAAGUUGUGCUCCGUUCAAAGGCCCUGAUUGUUAUUCACAAGAGCGUGCAUUGCGACAGCGAUCGCUGCAGUCUGCCGAGCAGAGUCACCGCUCGAAGUUGAAGCACGCUCAAGGAGCCUGCUAUGGGAUACACCAGGACUACAUAGCAAUCUCCUCGCAUCGUCUGCCGACUGUGCCUGCACGCCACUCGAGUGGGACACGCGCGCGCCUCUCCCUGUGGCCGCCUGGCCCCUCGCGAUCGCCUCGAAAGCCGCCGCCGCCGAGCAAUGGGGAAGCAGAACAUGUUUGUGUUCGUGGUCGCCGCCACCGCUCUGGUCGCGAACUUGUGGCACGCCGCCGAAGCGCAGAGCAGUGAACCCGGCUGCUCGGGCGUCAAGUACGCCUUCCAAGGGAAAGGAUUCGAAAACGACGUCCCUUCGCGGGCCAUCUCAGGGGAGCACCUUCAGAUCUGCGAGCGCUCGCUCACCUGCUGCACCCAGGAGAUGGAGCACCUGCUCAGCGCCCAGAGCCGGGAGGAGUUCGAGCGGGUGCUUCGGGACGAGAUCGGCAAAGUGCGCGCCAAGUUCGCCGCCCGCAUGCAGAGGUUCGACGAGUUCUUCAAGGAGCUGCUGAAGACGUCCAAGAAGGACUUCCACGGCAUGUUCCUGCGCACGUACGGCAUGCAGUACGACACCAACUCGUACAUCUUCCACGACAUGUUCGACCAGCUGGAGAAGUACUACCGCACCGGCGGCGUCGACCUGGUGGACGCGCUGGACGGCUUCUUCCUCGAGCUGUACCGCAAGAUGUUCCAGGUGAUGAACAUGCAGUACGCGCUCAGCGAGCGCUACCUGCAGUGCGUCAGCGACUACCGCGACGAGCUGCGCCCCUUCGGCGACGUGCCCCAGAAGCUGACGCUCGAGGUGAAGCGAUCCUUCGUGGCCACGCGGACCUUCGUCCAGGCGCUGGCCGUCGGCAGAGACGUCAUACAGAGCGUCAUGGAGGUCGGCCCUUCUGCCAACUGCAGCCAUGCACUCAUGAAGAUGAGCUACUGCCCACACUGCCAUGGCCUACCAAACCUGAAGCCCUGCUCGUCAUACUGCCACAGUGUCAUGCGUGGUUGUCUGGCCCACCACAUGGAACUCGACAGCGAGUGGGGCUUAUUCAUUGAUGCCCUCAUGAACCUGGCAAACCGUUUGGAAAGUUCCUUCAACAUUGAGUCGGUUGUAAACCCAAUAGGAGUGAAGAUAUCCGAAGCCAUCAUGGAUUUCCAGGAGAACAGGGCAACUAUUCUGCAAACGCUAUAUGACAAGUGUGGCACGCUUCGUCUGGCCCGCCGUGGCAGUGGCCAGGAGCUGCACUUCGAGACGCUGAAGUUUGGAGGCACCGGAGGCGGCCAGCAGCCCGCAAUGAGGCCAACCACCGCAGCGGGGACCAGCAUGGACCGGCUGGUGCAGGGCAUCAAAAAGCAGCUUCGUGCCACCCGUUCAAUGUGGUCCCAGCUGCCCGAUCGCAUGUGCCGCCAGCCUUCGGCACAAUCCCCACCUCCCGAGGAGGAGUGCUGGGAUGGACUGAGUCGUGCAAAGUCUGAGGGAGGAAACCACACAGUUCCGGGAGGCAAAACUCGAGGUUCGCACCAGCAGUUUCAGCAGCAGCCACACAACGGCCACCACAGGGGUGGUGGCACAGAGUACACAAGUAGCAACGUGGUUAUCAACCAGCUCAUACUCACUCUCAAGAUCAUCACCAACAAGUUGAACCUGGCCUAUGGAGGGCAUGAUGUCCAGUGGCAAGACACCGCUGACCUCGAUGACAUGGGCAGUGGAAGUGGGAGUGGAAGUGGCGAUGACGAGUACGAGCCAGCGCCGACAUCGACAACCCCCGACAUUUUCUUCACCGGCUCGCUACCAACGUCCGGCACAGUGCCCAAGCACCCUGUGACACCGCACACCAGCUCUGCACACCGUGUGCUGUGUGGUGUCCCUCUAUGGCUCCUGGUCAUCGCUCUAUUGCUCAAGAAAUGUCUGAGCAGCAGCGUCUGACGUUCGUUCCUGAUCCUACACCUCUUCUUCUACUUGGCGGCUGCACUGCCCGCCUGCUGCUAGUGCCUGAGUGGGAAAUAGAAACGAAGAAAAGAGAACGUUGCACAACAUCUGUGCAAAGUGACUCUCAUGUGUCGAGUUUUCGUGACUGUGAUGCAGCAUGGUUGAGACAUCUGGAUUUCUGCUGUCGCUUGUCUGUCAAGCGUGAAGCAUUUUGUUGUGGCUCAGUGUGUGCACAAGUCGUGCACAGCCGUGGAAACUACAGCGCACAGUGCGGCGUGCUUUCUGGCUCUGGCAUGACCCAGGGGUCAAGUUUAGGUGUGGACACUUGUCAAAGGCGUGAUCGAGACUUGCACGGUGAUGGGACUGACGCGUGUCCAAGCUGGUAUUGUGUGACUGUAGCCUACUCGUUUUAUUCUUCGAUAUUUUCUUUGGACAUGGACGCACAUCGCGGAUGAACCUGUGUGGAAAAGAACAGUGGCACCUGUCACAAAUUGUGAACUCUCCGAAGUGGAAUGGCCCUAUGGUUUGUAAUUGCUACCAGUUGCAAACUCGAACGAAUUGAAGACUGAAAAAAAAAAUGUAGGCCAUAAUCGUCACAGUGGCAUGCUUCUUUGUCCGUAGCAGAAUAAGUAGCACAUGUAGCUAAAUUUUCAUAUUCCUUUUUUUCGUUUUUUCACUCGUAAUACAUGCAGAAUCGAAAGUCAGAACCAUACCACACAAUUUGUGUUAUGGCUGUGUAAGCUAUAGCACCAUCUUUACAGGACCUUGUAACUGAAAGAUAUUUGGCGUCAUUUGUCUGGCUUUCUCACGACUGUGAAGUGGCAUGCUAGCCAUUACUAACAAUGAGCAUCCACUCUGUGUCAUUCUGCUUUAGCAAUUUUUCAGUUUUGUUUGGCAUAUGCUGCACGUUUGUGCUUUUAUACAGGACUUCGAACACUUGACACCCUAAACUUAGUUGUGCUGUGCAGUAGGGUGUCGCAGUCAUUCUUUUGUAAAGUAGACCGACCUGGUGUUGAUCUAAUUUAUCUGCACUUGACAUUUCACUCUUGCACAGAAAGAAAGGAAAUUAUGUCUCUUCGGGGCUCCAGUUUAAUUGUUUGUACAAUGAAGCAGCGAAGAUGUUUCAAGUUCUUAUGUUGGCAUUUCUAGGAUAUCUUGGGUGCGUGUGAUGUUCUUCAUGAAACAUUAUGUAAUUUUUAAGUGCCUGACCUGUAACUUACUUCAUUGUUCUGCUGUAACCACAGCAACAUUUUAUUUACACAAAUAAUUAAGUCAUUACUUUAAUUCCUUUAGCUUAUGGUAUCCUGGCUACAAAGCAGUAUGCUAUUCGUUAGAAAAACGUCUGUCACUGACACCAUUUCCAAGAGCUCAAUUCUUCGCAGUCCCGUUCCAUGUUGAAAUUUCAGAAUAAAUUGGGGGCACUGAACUUCACAAGACUAUUUUGCUGGUGGAGAAAUCGGUCCUCCAAAAUGUGCUGGGGAACAAUUUUUUUACAAAUGGUGAGCCACUUACAAGAAAUAAAUCUAACAAUAACUUAAGUUGCUUGCAGUGUUCAAGUAUCCAGAUGAGAGCUAAGCCUGACUAAUCAAAUUGAAGUUGUUGUGAGCAUCUUAUGUUUAGUACUUUCUGUAUGCCUGUAGUGUUUGUCCAGAAGAAGAGUAGGGCAUUGCUAGAUGAGGGUCGUCACAAGUUAUCAUGAAGUCCUUCCGGACCUCAUUGCACAGCCAUUGUGAAAUGGUUGCUAGCUAGGUAACAUACCGUCUCCUAAACAUGGUUGCUUAAGACCAAUAAUGUUCUCUCAAUAAUGUUUUAAAGUUCAUUUGCACAUUUCUGUCAGUGUUAUUCAUGUGGCAGGAGCAAGGUUAGCUGAAAAGCAGGUGAUAGCUGUGCUCGGCAAGUUAUAAUUUGUUGUUUAAGAAUCGGGAUUUUGCAUUUAAUGCACAUUUGUCUCAUCAUUCUCAUAAUUCUUACAUUAAAGCAUAUACUUAGCAGUCAUAGAACAUUACCCUACCAGAGGUAUACCGAACAUUCUAUGCGGUGACGUAAUAAUGUGAAUUGAGUCACAAAGCGUGGGCUCCUCCCCUUCCGUUGACAUGAAGUUUUUAAAAUCUUACUAUUAAUGUUUUUCCUAUCACCCAAUUGAGAUGUUGAGAAAUCUCAAUUAGCUGGCAAGCGCUAGCUUUGAAACAUUCAAAAUCUGUUUUUAUUGGGUUGUGGAGGAGAGACAAAGAACACCAUUGUCUGUCUAAAGAGGUGUAGUCAGUGCAAAAUGGCAUAGCCUUCGAUACCUUCUAUAGGACAGAGCAUAUUGAUUAAUGCAUUCUCAUCACUGUUUUUUCACCACUCUAGAUUGUGUACAUGUGAAAGUUUCAAGAACAUUUCAAGCUCCCAGUUAUCGGUUUCCAUUCCUUGUGAUUUGUUAGAAAAAUUACUGAAUUACAGCAUGUCCAUCGUAACUGAACACAGACACGUGAUACAAACAUCUUGGUCUCCUCUGUUGCAAAAUUUGUCAGUACAAGAUAACAUUCUUAUGACAAAGUAUAGCAACAAAAUCUAAGGUAUUUUUAUUUUACCUGACAUUAGCCAUGAAUGAAAGUCCAUAAGUUGGUGCACAAAGUGCUUAGACUGGCAAUGCCAUUUAACAGCACAGUGCUUUCGCUAUCAUUAUUUAGCAGAAUAAUUCACCAACCACCGCUUGAUCAUCUUCACUUCCUAAUAUAAUUUAUACUUCUUUGGUGUUCUGUAAAAUCUUCAGCUCUAUGCAAACAAAAGGCUAGCGCCACUGUUACUUAAUCACUUUGAACUUGAGUUGCUGGUCUUCCUGCAGAAGAACAUCCAUUAUACAAACACGACAGACUGCGGUAUUUGAUUCAGUUAGUCGGAUAAUUUCCUAUAUUAGUGUUCAUUGUCUCCAGGAGGUGGAUUAUAUUAAUUUCUGCAAAUACGACUUAAUCAGGUUCAAAUGCUUAUGUCAGUUGCGUAGCAACAAUGAAAAUUCCCAAUUUACAGCUUUCUUGUGCUCAGGUUAACUGAGGCAGAAAGCUUAUCAACAGCAGAGUUCUUCACGGUAUUGUAAUAUGUGAUGUUUUCACAUGAUAUUUUGUGGCCUCAUCGUGUACAUUAUUUAAAAAAAGUAUUUCACCUGUGCUUCUUGGCCCUCUGCCCAUUGAAAUGCAUUUAUAUGUGUUCAGAGUCUUCAUUUCGAAGUGGUCCAAAUGCUACUCAUUUUUAGCAUGAUGGAGAUAAGUGCUCAUCAAUACAUUGGCUCCUUUUACCCACAUAUUUUGUUCAAGAGGUCACAGUUUUUUGCCAAAUUUUCUGUGUUUUUACUUGAUGAUGCAUCAUUUAUGUGCACAUUCUUUUUUAACUCAUGCUGUUACAUAAGGUAGCUUUUAAGACACCUGCUGAAUAGAUUAAUACACGUGCGCUAUUGUUCACACACACGUUUAUGUUCACGUUUUGCAUUAGAAGCUGUGCAGAACCUGACACACUGGGCAUGUUACCUGCAUUUUCAUUUAUUUGCGUAGGGGAGCUUUCCCAGCAAUGCAUCUGCAGCUACAGUUGAACCUUAGUGCAGCGAACACAGACAUGCUUAACUAAUUACUGGUUAUAACGAAGUCAAUCUCAAAUGUCUCUCGCCGUUAUUGAAGUGUAAUGAAUGUGUCGGCUGUAUAGGCUUGUAAUGGAUAUCGGAUAUAAUGAAGGUAUUUUUCGUGUCUGAUGUGGCGUCGUUAUACUGAGGUUCAACUGCUAUUACUAUUUAUUACUGCACUAAGCAUCAUAUUAUUUCGACUCAUUUUUUGUUCGUUUAGUCACAUUCCUGAAGAAGUAAAUAAGUGGUACUGUUAACCACUCUUCAGCCUUCUUUAUUUCUUUUUCUACUGCCAGUCCUCGAGUUUUCCUAGAUGCACAGUGAAGUUGUUGCUUUUCUCUGGCCCGUUUCUCUAUUAAGUUGACAGUCACGUGUGUUGUUUUAACAAUGGCAUUUUCUACGUGACUUAAUUUAUGCUGGCAGCAGACAGAUGAGUUCAUGUAGCACUGUAUCUAGCCGCUUAGAUUUGUAGUCCACAUUUUAAUUAUUUAUUAAUCUAAAGCACUGUCACCGUUUUUUAAUAUCUUCUCCAAUUACAGUUUUCUACUCAUUUUCAUGUCAGUGGCAAAAGCCAUUCUUCCUUCUUGUGUUUUCACCGCGUGCGUGGUUGAUGCUGUAAAUUGACCAUUUAGGCAGUAUACGUGUUUGACGUGCUAUUUAUUAGGACUUGCAACAUUUUUCACGCUAGUGUACCUUCAUUCUUUAGAUAGGUUUAGUAAGCAUUUCAAGUUAGCAGUGUGUUAUUAUUGUUGUAACUGCAACUUCAAAGCUGUUGUAAAUGUCUGGUUUCUUUUCGUAUACAUGCGUGGAUGCUCAUGUAUAUGUUUUGUUGUGUAUGUGCUUAUAAAGCAGCUCGGUGUUUACUUUGGCUAUCAAAAAUGCACAAGUGAGGGAGGGGUAGCAGGAAAAACAAAGUCAUGAGUUAGUAUUUUGCUUGCGCGAAGGCAUUCUCUGAAAGCUUGAAGUGUUGCAAAAAGAAGUAUACGUAUGUGCAUUGAACUGGACUGAUGAUGGUUGUGACUAUACUAACGUUUAAGCUAUACGUCGUUGGCACUUUUAACAUGUUCGUUUUAUUCUUUCUCAUGUUUCAGUCUUUUAUGUGAUGAUGUAAUGCAUAGUACACUAUGUCUCGUAUGAUUUGUACUGAAGUGCCAAACACAUGGCAGAAUGAACGGCUCUCUCUGCUGCGAGUGACCUUGACCGAUGCUGACUUUAUUUGACCAUCGUUGUGUGUAUGUGUGAUCACUCUUCGCCGUAUGUAUGUGUACAUAUUUAUGUUCUAAAUGAAGAAAUUUAUUGCUUUUCAA